UCGACAGAAGAGGCCCAGGACCCCCCUCCAUUGAGGCGAGAGGGAACCCUUUACUGAGGGAAACCCAACUUCCUUUGAGGCGAAGGCAACCUCGCCUAGACCCACAGUUGUGUACGGGCUGGGGGGCUAAUUCAGCUCCCACUGACCCCCUCAGAUCAACUCCUCACUACUACGUGAUAGCGUCUAGGAUUAGCGGCUGUAGCCAAGGUGGAUGGCAAGAACUAAGGCCUGGCCCUUUAAGAGCCCGCAACGAGGGGCGGGGACUCCUGGCGGAAGCUGCGUAGGUGAAGGACGGAAGUGGAGUAUUAGGUGUAGCAGUCAUGGCGCAGGAUGGAGAAGACGAGAGGGACUACAAUCUGAACGAAGAGCAAAAGGCAAUCAAGGCCAAAUACCCCCCAGCCAUCCGGAAGUAUGAGUAUCUGGAUCACACGGCUGAUGUACAGUUACAUGCUUGGGGAGACACGUUGGAAGAAGCAUUUGAGCAGUGUGCAAUGGCCAUGUUUGGUUACAUGACAGACACAGGAACUGUUGAACCGCUACAAACAGUUGAGGUGGAAGCAGAAGGAGAUGACCUACAGUCUCUUCUCUUUCACUUUUUGGAUGAAUGGCUUUAUAAAUUUAGUGCCAAUGAAUUCUUCAUACCACGGGAAGUGAAAGUACUAUCUAUUGACCAAAGAAACUUCAAAUUACGAUCAAUUGGGUGGGGAGAAGAAUUUUCUUUGAAUAAGCAUCCUCAGGGAACGGAAGUCAAGGCAAUAACAUAUUCAGCAAUGCAGGUCUAUGAUGAGGAGAAGCCAGAAGUUUUUGUGAUUAUCGACAUUUAAAAAAAUGAAAGGAAAUCCGAAAAGAACUGUUGCCUCUCUUCCCUGGAGGAAAAAAAUACAGUGAUUGACCUAAAAAAAGGAGAGAAAGAAAAAGGACAGAUAUGGAUAACUAGCCUUCUUUAUAAGAAACUGAAAAAAUUGGGGAACAGAUAUAUUCCAUCCUCUCUCUAGGAAAACUUGGAGAAAAAGUCAGGUGACAGAAUGUUCCUCAUUUAUGAAUUCUUGGCUAAAAGUGGCAAAAAACUUAAUCUUCCCUACCCCAGCUAUUGACAUUGAAGAAUACUAGCCCUAUGGGCUUUUCUACAUUUUCCAUUUUUGAAAAUGGGUUGUUGAGAAGAUAGGUUUCAGUAAAUUUUCCUUUUUAUCCCAAUUUGCUAAGAUAGUUUUAAUUUAUACAUAUGAAACAAUUAAAUGAUGAGCUGCUAUGAGAUGCUCUGUCUCUUGUAAUCCAUCUGGAAUUUUUACUUAUUUUUUUUAAUUACAUGUAGAAAACAGUUUUUCACAAUUAUUACUUGACAUUUUGUAAUUCAGACUUCCUCCCUCCCUCUCUGCCACCUUCCUGAAGUGGUAAAUAAUCUUGACAAACCUGGAAACCCUAGCUAAGCAAUAGGAAACAGAACCUAGCUAGGCAACAAGAAACAAACAGGCCCCAGCUAGGCAACAGGCCAGCACACAACGGUUGCCAUGAUUUACAGUUGUCAACAACAUUCAACCCCCUAGUACUACAAGAUCUUGUGAUUCCCCAACUCAAGGAGGACUCUAUUCUCUUGGCACCAGGCUCCCUCUUGCUACUUGCCCUCCACCCCCAUGGUGUUCCCCAGCAGGCUCCCCCUUGCUGUGUCUUUCUUCUAUUUCUCCACCCUGAUGGGACUUCCCCUUCUUCCCUCCAUUAAAUCUUUGCUCUGUUA